AUGGAUAAUGCUUCAUACCAUUCCGUAAAAAAACAGAAAAUACCAGUGAGGUCUUGGAAAAAACAAGCUAUAAUUGAUUGGCUUGAGAGUAAAGGUGUGAUCGUUACUCAUCCUAUUGUUAAAAAUGAUUUAAUGAAAAAAGUUUACAAAAUAAAAAAACAUCACGACACAUACGUAAUCGAUGAGUACGCAAAAGAUAACGGAAAACUCGUAUUGCGAUUACCUCCAUAUCACUGCGAGCUAAAUCCUAUCGAGCUCGCGUGGUCGUCCGUGAAAAGUUAUGUCCACAACAACACCAUCAAAUUAAAGGACGUAAUGGAAUUGUUAAAAAAAGGCGUGGAACACGUAAGUCCGGAUAUGUGGAAAAAUUUUAUUGAACAUGUUAAAAAGGUGGAAGACAAGUUUUGGGACUUGGAACAUAUUACCGACGAAUUAAUGGACGAGCUAAGACGAUGA